UGAUGAACACUUGAUCGAUCGCUUCUAGCUUCUAGCCACGUCGUAAAACCCGUACAAAUCUCACGCAACAUGUGGUCAAUCUGCCGUCCAGCCGUCGUAUCUGCCAGCCGUCGGAGCUUGGUCCGGUUCGCGUCCUCGUCGUUGAGGAUGCCGGCUAUGUCACCGACCAUGACCGAGGGUGGGAUCGCAGGCUGGAAGCUGGCAGAGGGGGAAGCGUUCGCAGCGGGUGACAUCUUGUUGGAAAUCGAAACGGACAAGGCCACCAUCGACGUCGAAGCUCAGGACGACGGGAUCAUGGGCAAGAUCCUCUCCCAAGCGGGAUCGCAAAAGAUCCCUGUGGGGCAGAUCAUCGCCGUCCUAGCUGAAGAAGGGGACGACCUUUCCACCUUGGAAGUCCCGGGAGAUCUCUCUCCGCCUAGCAGCGCUUCGACUUCGGGACAACCGGAACCGGAAAAGAAGGACCAGAGCACGACGGAAAAGAAAGAACUAGCCUCGACCCCUUCUGCCUCUUCAUCUUCCUCUUCAACCCCACCAUCCACGCAAGAUUCCUCGGCUUCCCCUAAAUCUGGGACCCCGACCCCGGCGGGUCAACGACAGAAUGCUCCGCAAGCCGGCAGGGAGACGGAGACCAAGGCGGAAAAGAUCCAAAAGGGUGGGGUACCGGUGGAUGUAGGAGGGCACAAGGGGAAUGUGCAUGGGGGUGCUAGCGGGAGGCCGCUGUUCCCCAGUGUGAUGCGACUACUGGCCGAAGCCGAUCUCACCGCAGACCAGAUCUCGGCGAUCAAGGGGACCGGAAGGAACAGGAUGCUCACCAAGGGGGACGUACUCGCCGCUCUGGGCAAGAUUUCGGACGCCAAGGGGAGCAUGAAGGGGAUCCCGAAGACGGCUUAUGCCACCAGCGCUGGGUAUGGGGAUAACGGCACGAGCACAGGAGCAGGCGCUGGACCAGGAGCUACGGCACAGAAACCUACGAAACCGAUGACGCCGCUUCAAUUGCGUCAGGCCAUCUUGAACGGGUUGGAAAAGGCAUCCCUGCCCGCCAGACCUUUGUCGGCCGCUACUUCGCCGUUAUCCGCCUCGUCCACGCUGGAACACGACUUUGAUCAGCUCUUGGAGUCUUACGGAUCGCUGUUCAGCACCGAACGUAAACCUUCGGGCGUUUCGAUCCCACUGGACAUCGGACUCGAUGUUCAACAGGGAGGGUCGAGCGCGGCCGCGGGAAAGAAGGACGAGUGGGAGGGGUUAUUUUAGAUGGGUGAUUCGGGUUUGGGGGGUUUAGGGAGAUUGUAUGUCGUUACAUGUGUUGUUCUUGGAUGCAUACGGGGGGUAGGGCGAGAGUGUUCGAUAUACAUAUAGAUACGAAACCUCAAA